AUGUCUAGUAAUUUAAAAAUCUUUGCCCUAGGGGGCUUACACGAAGUAGGAAAAAAUUGUUAUGUUUUCGAAAAAGAUGAGGACAUAAUUAUCGUGGAUUGUGGCGUUAAAUUUCUCAAUGGCAGUAAUCUCGCUGACGGCACUGUUCCUAAUUUUUCUUAUCUUGUGGCUAACCAAAAAAAAAUCAAAGGCUUAUUUGUUACCCACGGCCAUGAGGACCAUAUUGGCGGCAUUUCUUAUUUACUACAAUUAAUUCCGAAUAUUCCAGUUUAUGGCUCAGAAUUUUCAAUUUCCCUCCUCAAACAAAAGUUACGGGGGGAGAGCAAAGAAAAAUCCACCAUUUUUCAAGACGACACAAUAAUUCGCACCGGGGAAUUUCGGGUCAUUAAAUUGGCCGAAAUUGGCAAAAAAGGGGUGGAUUUACUAUUAAGCGAUUCCACUAAUUCCGAAGUUGAAGGCAAUACCCCUUCAGAAGCAAAAGUAGUUAAGCGUUUGGAAAAUAUUAUCACAGAGGCUACGGGUCGCGUAAUCAUUACCUCUUUUGCUUCUAAUGUCUACCGCUUAAAAAAAGUUAUUGAAAUUGCCCAAAAAACUGACAAAAAGAUCGUUUUGCUGGGUUCUUCGCUCUUGAAAAUGAUGAAAGCUAUCCAAAAAGCCAUGGAGGCUGGAGAUUGUAUUAUUCUAACUUCUUCACCAAUUAUGGAUAAUAAGUUUAAUGUUGAACUAAUUAGCAACAAAUUAUUCGCUCUGGGAGCCAAAGUCUAUGAAAAUAAUAAGGAGGAUUUGCUCCAUGCUUCCGGUCACGCCUGCCAAGAGGAUUUAAAAUUAAUGCUGACUUUGACUAAACCUCGUUAUUUUAUGCCCUUUCACGGCGAUUUUCGGAUGUUGAAAAAACACGGGCAUUUGGCUCAAGAAUUAGGUAUACAAAAGGAAAAUAUUUUCGUUUGUGCUAAUGGAGAAGUGGUGGAAACCAGAGGCAAAGAAUUUUUUUUAACCAAAAAAAAAAUCCCAGCCCAACCCAAUUAUGUAUUUAAUGGUCGGAUACUUCCUGCGGAAGAGUUGAAAAACAAUCUAAUUUUGCGGGAAAAAAUGUCCCAAGGCGAAUUAAAAGAUUUUUCUCAAGUAGUUAACCAAGCCGAAACAGAAUUACAAAAUAUCCAAAAAGAGAUUGGAGGAUUAAAUGAAACUAUUGAGGAAUUGAAUGCUAUUGAAAAGGAAUUAAAAAAUGUCACUGCUAAUUUGGCAGAAUUGAAUAAAACUGGAAAGGAAUUGGAACGGACUGGUGAAAAUAUUAAAGGAAGUUUAGACGAUUUGGGAGAAAUAAAAGAAAAGAUUGACGAGUUGGUUAAAUUAGAAAUUCCUUUAGCUGAAUUAGAAAAGACCAUAGACCGAGAAGGGGGAGAAAUUGCCAAAGCGUUGAAAGAAAAAAUUGGUGAACUCUUCAAGGACGGAAAAUUGAUUAUUACAGGACAACUGGAAACAGUUAAAUAUUCUCAAUGA